UAUCGCUUCUUUUGCUGCCGUUUCGUGGGCCACAAUUUUCGCUACCAAUUUCCAUUUUAUAGAUCUGAACAGAAGAAAGUUCAUUGAAAGAUUUCAUGGCAAAGGAGUAUAAAUUGCCUUUCAAGGUUGGGCAAUUGGCUGAAGCACAGUCUUUCGAGAAUGGAUUUCGUGGUGCAUGGUUUCGAUGUAAGAUACAGAAGAUUAGCUGCAGAAGAGGACAUUGGAAUGCACUGUUGGAAUAUUUUGAUUAUCCAGAUGAAAAACAUACUUGGACCAAGCUGUAUCAAUAUCCCCCAUAUAAUGUUGGGAAGUCGAAGGAUAAAAGACAACUAAUGCUGCGGCCGCAGUAUCCUUCUGUCAAGCUUAAAAAUGAAGUUUCAGAUGUCAGUUCAAUUUCUGAAGCUACAGUAGUUGCUGAUGGUAAUUGGCAGGUGGGUGAUUUGGUUGAUUGGUGGGCUAAUGGCUGUUAUUGGUCUGGGCACUUGACAAAGUUAUUUGGCAAUGGUGAAGCUGAGUUGGCAUUGACACCACCUCCUGUGGGUGAAGGUGCAAUGUAUGAAGUUUCUUUCAAGGAUUUGCGCCCAUCGUUAGAUUGGUCUCCAAACUUUGGUUGGAUUGUGCCUACAUCCCAGGAUGGUGAUAGUGUCCGUCGAUGUGCUCAACUAAUUCAACCUGUCAACCAAGUCCUUGGUCGGUUUCCAGUUUUGGAAAUACAUUCUAUGGGUGAAGGGAGAAAGGACAGCCAAGCAACAGCUGGAUCUUCAACAAGUCCCUCUUUCUCUCCUCAUUCAUCUGCAAACUUGUCACCAGCCUCUGAUGAAAAGGGGGAUUUUAAAACUUCCGAGUUAGCAGAACACCGGAUCGUUGAUCCUCAAAAAGAGGCUACGAACACAUCGAAGAAAGUCAGACGGUCAUAUAUUAGCUCUUGUUCUCAUACAGGAGACGAGUCAGCAGAGAAAUCCAGUUUGUUAGAUAAAGGUUCUAAUAGUUCCUGUAUCGGAGUUGAUUCGGAGAAAACCACUGGGCCAACUGAAAAAGUAAACUAUUCGAGUUGUCCUUUGAAGAAGUUCAGAACGAGUGAUGGGGUUCAGUUACAUUCAAUGGGUUCUGACUCGACGGAGGCAGCGAUUUUGGAUUUGGAGGAACUCGCGAACAAAAUUAAAUGGUUGAAAGGACUGCUCGAGUUCGGAGGACCCGUGUCUAAUGCUGCUGCAAGGCCUUCAUGGAAGUUCGUGGAACGUCAUACAUCUUCUGUAAAUAAAUGAUGGUAUGGUUUCGAAAUGUCUUCCGUGGCUCUCGAGAAAUGAAGUUUGAAGCUUCUAUGCUUCUUGCGAGUACAAAAAUCUGUGCUGAUUUGAAACUCAAAACGCAUCCAAAUAAACGGGUUUCAAGCCAAGCUGCAUAGCUCAACUCGAUUUUCUGGCUUCAUUUGGAGAUGAUUUAGAGAUGCAUUGAAGCGCGCUUAUUAUCUGCUUGAUGAGUCGAUGAUAUGUACUGACGAGCAAUUUGUGCAGUCGUAAAAUGUAUACAAGUUCGAUCGAAUCACAGGUUAUUGUGACCAUGCUUGCUGCUGUG